AUGAAAAUUCCAUUCAUUAUCUUCCAAUUCAUCCUUUUCACAAGCUUAGAGGGAACACCUGCUUCUCCCAAGAACAUUCCGAUUGUAGUUAUGUUUGUACCUCUUUUUCUGAUUCAAGGAGCUACGGUUCUUUUUGUUACAUUUAUUUCGGUGGCCAUGUCUUUCUCGUGGAUUUAUAGUGUUGGUGGUCCUUAUGGAAAGUCUUUUGCGAGAUUAUUGGCUCGUGUAUUCUUGAGAUUGUAUCAAUCUUGUAAAAGGUUUUUGGAGAAAUCUGUAUUGUUUAUUUGUAGUGUUGGAAGAUACUUUGCGUCAUCAACGGCUCGUAUAUUCCUAAGAAUCUUUCAACAUUGUAAAAGAUUACUUGGGUGCUGGUCUGUCGAUGAGGAACAAUCUAGGCUCUACACUGGAGAAGCUACUGGAUACAACACAUUCGCACCAGAGGUUGUGACGAAAAUACCAGAGUCUGAUCUUGUUGAUGAGGUAUGUAGAUUAAAAGCUGCAUUGAGUGAGCAAACAGAUAACAGCCAGCAGGAGAAUAAUCUUUGUAAAGUUUGCUUUGAGGAUCCGGUCAACGUGGUUCUAAUCCCAUGUAGACAUCACGUCCUCUGCAGCACGUGCUGCAAGAAAUGCGAGACUUGCCCGAUAUGUCGUGUCUUGAUUACACAUCGUAUGCCUGUAUACAAUGUGUAG